UCCCAAAACUUUCACCAUUUUAAAAAAUAAUCAGCACCAUUGUAUUCAUAUCGACCGAUUGAAACCAGCAUUCAUUUUAAAGAAUACUAAGGGCCAAAUUCAUAAACGUCACUAAAGUGACACUCACACUAAGUUGAGGUUAGGCACUAAUUUUGGUAUUCAAGAACAGUUAGGGACUAAUUAGUGACUAACUUUUUUCUAACUAUAGGUUAAAGAUUUAGGGAAAAGUGAGUAAAAUUUGAGUGCGCAAUCGCGAGCACUAAUCUAACCCUAACUGUCAUUUUGCUGUUGUCUUAAUUCGUUUUUUAUAGAUUUGCUAUCAUAAAUUCCGAAGAAAGCAGUUGUGAUUACUCGCGUUUAUUAGAUUAUCAUUGUUAGUUGUGUUGUUUUUAUAAAUUUGAUUGUUAGUUAUUAGUUACGAUUAUUAUAGUUUUGAUUAUUACUUAUUCUUUCGUUAUAAAUUCAUUCUUUACAUCUAUCAAAAUGGAUAAUAGAAUAGAAUUAUUAUUAGUAGAAUUUAUUGAACACGCUGAAGAUGUUUUUUGCCAUGAUCGUGCACCAAGAAUAAUUUUAAGAGAUGUCGGAAAUCCUUUGGAGUCCUACCGCCAAAAAGAGUUGAUACAACGUUUUCGGUUUGGUCGUGACAUAAUCCAAAAUAUAUUAUUACCAUUGGUUUACCCAAGAGACGUUGCUACAACAAAUCGUGGCUUGCCAAUUCCACCCAUCAUAAAACUUUGUACCGCUCUUCGGUUUUAUGCAAGUGGAAGUUAUCAGAGGAUAUGUGGGGAUUUAGCGCACAUCAGCCAGACAUCCACUUGCCGAAUAAUAAAUGAGGUGUCGGAAUUACUGGCAAGAAAUAUUGGAAAAUAUGUGAAUUUUCCAAGCAGUGAAGCCGAAAAAACCAACCUACGACGAACAUUUUUCGAAAUUGGAGGUUUUCCUGAAGUUGUAGGGUGUGUUGACGGGACUCACAUAGAAAUUAAAAGUCCGGGAGGUGCCAAUGCCGAAAUAUUUAGAAACAGGAAGGGAUUUAUGUCUGGACCAACUUUGAAAAUCUUUGAUAUUGUUAGAAGAUGGCCUGGGUCUGCACACGAUAGCAGGAUAUUUAAUAGCAGCGCUGUGGCUAUGAAAUUUGAAUCGAAGCUAUUAACUGGAAUAUUGUUGGGCGACAGUGCCUACCAGCAAAAUCAAUUUUUAUAUUCUCCCAUUUUAAAUCCACAGACACCACCUGAACAACGAUAUAAUAUAGCACAUGUUCGUACCAGAAACGUUGUAGAAAGAACGUUUGGCGUUUGGAAAGGACGGUUUCGGUGCCUAACUGGGGCCUUACAAUGUAACAUAAAAAAUGUAACAAGGAUUAUUGCUGCUACAGCAGUGUUGCAUAAUAUUGCGCAGGAUAUUGGGGAAGAAAUCCCCAAUAAUAAUGAAAUUCCGAAUGAAGAACGUAUUGUGCCAGUUCUUCCUGCCGUGGAUCGUCGAAGAGGGAAUAUAAUAAGGAACGCUUUCAUACAAAGACAUUUCAUGUAA